UAGCAUUUGGAAUCGCCACACCAAUAAUAUCCUCUUCUUCCCCAAUUCCGCGAACUGUCUACUAAUAAAUAUCAAAUGCGCCGGCCGGACUUUCUGGAGCAACGACACUGCUAGAGAUCAACAUACAGAAUUGUUAUUAGUUUCACCGAAAACUGGUGAGAUAAACGAAUUACAGAUACAUACAGAGAAUCGAUCAUGUUGCUUCACAAUUGGAACUUUUCUUCCACUUCUUCCCUAUUAUUACACUCCAUAAGUCAAAGCAACAGAAUCGAUUGCGAAACUAAUUGUAUCUACUCGAGAAGGAGAAAACUCAAAGUUUCUUCAACACUUUCGUCUCUCAAAAUUGGAACGGAUGUAAUCGCUGAAAUAGCUCACAAUAAGGUGCUGAUAGCAGCAGCUGCAUGUGCUGCAGUUGGACAGUUGACAAAACCUUUCACUGCUUCCAUUUUAUAUCGAAGAGAUUUUGACCCAAAAGUUGCACUUCAGGCUGGAGGGUUUCCUUCAACCCAUUCUUCUGCAGCUGUGGCUUCUGCAAUGUCCCUUGGUCUAGAAAGGGGCUUCUCGGAUUCAAUUUUUGGAAUAGCAGUUGUGUAUGCUUGUCUUACCAUGUAUGAUGCUCAGGGCGUUAGAAGGGAAGUUGGAGUUCAUGCAAGAACAUUAAACAAAGUAUUAAACAGAAACCAAUUUGAACCUUCAUCUAUAAAACCAUUGUCAAAUCCAGAAUCUAGUAAAUCUCCAAAGUUUGAGGAAACAAACAGUUGUAAAUCGCCAGAGUGGCAUAAAGAGACAACACUUGUUGUAACACCUGAUAAAAUAGAAAAUGGUGCUAUUUCUGGUUUACUCAAAGAAGCAAUCGGUCACACUGAAAUUGAAGUGGCUGCUGGUGCUUUGUUGGGUUUACUUGGGAGCUUAAUUGUCUACUCCUUAUGAAUUAAUGAAUUAUGAUACACUUUGCUGAGUAUUUGAGGUACACAUGAGUUUUUUCUUGGAUUAUUUCAUACGAUUUAUUGGAACAUUUAAAAUAUACUAAAGUUGUAGUUACCACUUUUAGUGAUAGUAAUUGAAAUUAUGAGCUAUAAUUGGGUUUCGUUUGUUA